AUGUUUGUGUCCUUGCCGACCCUGACUGUUCUGGUCCCUCUUAUAUCAUUAGCAGGCUUAUUUUAUUCGGCCGCUGUGGAAGAUAAUUUCCCUGAAGGAUGUACCAGUGCAGCAAGCGUUUGCUUUUAUAGCUUAUUGCUUCCCCUUACUGUGCCUGUAUAUGUGUUUUUUCACUUGUGGACUUGGAUGGGACUCAAACUGUUCAGGCACAAUUAAUACACUUGCAGCAAUAAUUGCCAGGUCUCCUGUGUAUAUACUGUGUUUAAAAAUAAUAUAUAUAUUUUAUAUUUUGUGAUGCCCGGCCUAGAAAUGGAAUGGUAUGAGAUGUUUAAAAAUAAAAAAGGAAUAUAAAAUCAA